AUGAACUCGUCACAAUUCUUAUUAUUAGUAUCUAUCAUAAAACAUUUAUAUCAAUACAAACAUUGCAAUCCAGAAUUUGUGAACAAUUUCUUAAUAAAUUUAUAUGUUGACGAUAGCAUUGCAGGAACAGAUACAUCAAAUGAGGUAUUCGAAUUUUGCCUCAAAACAAAAUCACGUCUAAAGACAGCAGGGUUAAACCUUAGAAAAUGGCGUUCAAAUAACAGUCGCCUUAUAUCAAAUAUAUCAUCUUUCAAUCCACAAGAUCACCCAAGUACGGAAAGUAAAAUCCUAGGCAUCACAUGGGACACUGGUCAUGACAAAUUGUCAAUUAAUCUAACUAAACAAUAUGAAGCUGGAACAAAUAAAAGAGUCACAAAGAGAAAUGUUCUAAAAAUUAUUGCAUCUAUAUAUGACCCAAUCGGAAUCAUUUCUACCUUAAUUUUACCAUUAAAGCUCAUUUUUCAAAAAAUAUGCACUACAAUAAAAGAUUGGGACAAGGAGCUAAAUGACGAGUUAAAAAAUGAGUGGAAUCAGUUAAUGCAGUUAUUAUCUUGUAAACUUGUGUAUGAGUGGCAUCGCUAUUUCUUUAAAGAACAUUUAAUAAAAAACUUAACUAACAUAACUAUACAUGGCUUUUGUGAUGCCAGCAAAAGUGCAUACGCAGCUGUAGUUUUUAUAACUGCCCAAACUCCUGAUACACAAAUUCUAGGUAGACUUAUUGCCAGCAAAACAAAGAUCUCUCCGCUAAAACCUAUAUCCAUUUCUAAAUUGGAACUGUCUUUUUGUCUACUGCUAUCUUCACUUAUGGCAUGUGUAAUUGAGUCUUUAAAUAGUACCCUUAAAAUAGAGAAUAUUUACUGUUGGAGCAAUGCAAUCGAUGCUUUAUGCUGGAUAAAGAAUAGUUCUGCAAACAGAAACCAAUUCAUUACAAAUAGAAUAACGAAAAUAAAGAAAAACAUUCCAUCUAAUCACUGGAGAUUCUGCCCUGGUAAAAUCAAUCCAGCGGAUCUGCCCUCAAGGGGCCUCUCAAUCCUUAAAUCUGGUAAUUGGUUUGAAAAUUGGAUGGAUGGACCUGAGUUUCUUUAUCAAGAUCUCUCAUAUUGGCCGGCAGAACCAUCCAAUAUAUUCAACAAAAGUAAAACUGACGAAAUAUCAAAUCUUAGCGUGGUCGUAAAUGUAAACCCUACAAAAUUCAGCACAGAAAAUAGUGAAGUAAAAGAAGCUCUUGAAACCAACAGCUUGAAUAUGCGUAAUGUAAUCAACGUUGAGCGAUUCAGUUCGUUGCACAAACUUUUUAAAGUUACAGCUUAUGUGUUAAAAUUUAUAAUUAGUCUUAAGCAUCUUAUAAAUAAAGCCAAUAAUCAGACAAAAUCUCUUUGCAUUGCGGAUAUUCGAAAAGCUGAAAUUCUUUGGAUCCGAACCUACCAGUGUGACCUUUCUAACAAAGUGGAAAUUCUGAACAACACUUUAGGUCUCUUCGUCGACGAGGAUAAAGCUCACAAACGAACUCUACAUGCAGGUGUAAAGGAAACUCUCUGCCAAAUAAGGUUAAAAUACUGGAUCCUACGAGGUCGUAAGCUUGUACGCUCAUUGAUAAACAAAUGUUCAUUCUGUAAAAGGUUGUUUGGGAAGGCUUUUACAUCUAAAGUGUCACCACCGUUGCCUUACUAUCAUGUCACUGCAAGUUUUCCUUUCCAGCAUACUGGAGUUGAUUAUUUAGGACCAUUGCACGUUAAACCGAUAUUCGAUGAUAAUUCUAAUGAAAUGUAUCCCGUGCACGUAGUGUUAUUUACCUGCGCCACCACCAGAGCCAUUCACCUGGACUUAGUACCUGACUUAUCUGCGAAAUCAUUUAUUCUAUGCUUAAAACGUUUUAUUGGAAGAAGAGGAAUUCCAAAUCUUAUAAUAUCAGACAAUGCCACAUGUUUUAAGAAUGAAGAAGUUAAAUUAAGCGAGGAGCUUUUGUUGUUGGGAAUCGAUUGGAAAUAUAUUAUUGAAGCUGCUCCCUGCUGGGGUGGUUUUUGGGAACGUCUAGUGCAAUCAGUCAAAAAAUCGCUACUCAAGGUUGUGUUUAGAAGUAGCAUCAGAUAUGACGAGCUGCAAACAAUUCUUUGUGAAAUAGAGGGUCUUCUCAACUCAAGACAAAUAACAUACGCUUACCAUGAAGACACUAAGGAAGUUCUUACCCCUUCCCAUUUGAUGCAUGGUCGAAGACUCAUUUCACCUAACGAAACAAAAGGGGCAGAUCUUGACAAGCUUGAAAGUAAGAUUCAGUUAACUAAACGAAUGAAAUAUUUAAAACUGAUACGUGAUCAUUUUUGGGUAAGAUUUACAAGUGAAUAUCUAGUUAAUCUUAGAGAAUUCCACAAGCAGGGAUCCAGUAAAAGUCGAUCGAUUGAACUGGGAGAAAUUGUUGUUAUUCACUUUGAUAUUAAAAGGUACAAAUGGCGAUUAGGAAAAGUAGUGUCACUGAUUACGGGACGCGAUAACAUAGUUCGUUCUGCAAUACGUCCUAUCGAAAAGCUAUACCCUAUAGAAGUCAAGUCAGUCGAAACAGUAACUGAUACAGAGCUAAACGCCAGCAACGAUGCUGUAGAUGAAAGUAAUGAUUUUUCUGAUACGAUAUACGAAAGACCUUUUAUUGAACGUUUUGUUCAAGGGGGUAGUGUGUUAGAUCUCUCCGAUGGAGAGCUCUAA